GGAUACUUCGACAGAAGUUAGACAGCUUGCAGAAGACUAAAUAUGAGAUGGCUCGGGAUUUCGAAGCUCAACUUCAAGCACUGAAGUCUCAAUUUUGUAAACUGACACAAAGCUAUGAAAAACUACAGUUACACCAGAUAAAACAAGAUAGGGUUCACGGUAAAGAAAUAUGUGCAGAAAAUCUGGAAACUCCAUUUGAACUGAGCAAUUUAAACCAGAAAUUGGAAGAAUUUAAAGCAAAAUCAAGAGAAUGGGAUCAGAAGGAGACACUAUAUCAAAACCAUCUCAUUUCUUUAGAUGCUCAACGAAAAUUAUUGUCUGAGAAGUGUAAUUUAUUUCAGAAACAGACACAGAAUUAUCAAUUCCAAAUCAGCAAUAAGAACCAGAAACAGGAAGAUGUAGCUACCUCCAGCCAAUCCAAAAUUGAGAGGGAUGAGUUCAUUAUUGAAAAAUUAAAGACAACUGUGAAUGAAAUAGCAAUGAACAGGAAUAAGUUACAAGAGGAAAAUCUAAAACUACAACAGGAACUAACAGUGUACCAAACACAGUGCCAGAACAUGGAGGCAGGACUUUCAGAGAUGAGAAAUGAGCUGCAGUCACGUGAUGCCCUCUGGAGAGGGAUGGAAGCGGAAUUUCAGCAGUUGCGUAAAGAAUUAUUCAAAAUUGGAGAAUGUAAGAACAUCCAAGAAAAUCAAAUGAAGCUUCAAUCAGCCUAUGCACAAUGUAUUCAGGAACUGGAAAACAAAAAAGCAGAGCUAUUACAUUUGGAACAACACCAGGAAAUUCAGCAAAAAGAGCUAAAAAAGAUAAGGGACCAUCUUUAUCACGAGGAGCAGUCCCAUAGCUCUGAGCGGGAAAGAAUGAGGACAGAAAUCUCUGACCUGACAGAAGAGCUUCAUCAGAAGGAGAUCACUAUAGCAACUAUCAUGGAGAAAGCUACUGUUCUGGAAAGAAAGUUAAAAAUGGAGUUAGAGAUAAAAGAAAAAUUGUUAGCAAAACAACAGAUGUCAGAGAUGAGGUAUGAAGCUAUCAGCUCGGAAAACACACAUUUGAAGAAGAUGAUAGAAAAUCUGCAGUCUAGAAGAUACAUGACUAUAGAUUUAUCUAACACAGAACAUGAGAGUUACACAGCUUCCAUUCAUGAACUUGAGUGUGAGAAUGAAAGGUUACGAAAUAAUGUUGGUAAAUUGCAGAGUGAUUCAGAAACAUCAAUACUGGCUACUCUGGAUAGAUAUGGAGAAACAAAGCACACUAAGCAAACCCAAUUAGAAAUGCAAGAAAAGGAAGAGAGAAACCAAAAUCUUACUCUACAUGGUCAAGGUGAUAUCAUUGGUACUAAAAGUGGCAGCAGCUUACCAUCUCAGAGACUUAGCAGAGAUCAUGACCAGAAACUAGAUGGUAAAUCUCCAUCACCACCAAUGUUAUAUCCUUCACACUACAACAGCCCAUUUCCUGAAAAGCACAGGUGUGAUGUUUUACUGAGCCAUGUGUACAGUGUGGAAGAAGUCAACCCAAUGCUUCCCCCAGAGAGGUCCUUACCUACAACUGCAACAGAAAAGUUCUUUCAAGAAGAAGAGAAACGAGCAAAAGAAUUUGAAGAGAUUUUAAAUUCACACAUUGAAGAACUGCAAAGGCAUUCUGAAAAUACUGUCAAAAAAUAUGCCAGGCUAAAGCAAAAUAGACAUAUAUGAGCCUUUUAGCUUUUUAUUUGCAGUUUAAAAAAAAUAAAGGUAUAACCAAAUAGUUACUCUUCUGAUUCUCAAAACUAAACUCUGCUACCAUUUUCUUGAAUUUACACAGAAGACAGCUAGUGUCUUGUAAUAUAAAUGGGGGGGGAGGGGUUUGCAUUCCUAUAUUAACAUGACAUAUUGCUCUGUUAUGGCUUUAGUUACAGCGUAUAUUUGCAAUCUAAGACAUAUCUAGAAAUUAAAUAUGUAAUUUGUUUUUGUCUACUUGAAUUGUGUGCUUGAGAAACCCAUUUGGACCACUGUAAAUUAAGUAAAGAUACAUGAAACUUGAUGGGGUAAGGGAGCUAUAUAAUCAAUGGAGCUGGCCACUUGAGACUAUACCUAGUCUAAGGGGAUUCUCUAGCUUGCAUAGAACUGGAAUAACAGGUUGACACUGUCCUAUUCACAGCUUAGAGCAUCAGGGGCAUAGCUGUGCUCUGGUUAUGCUUGGCUACAAGAAUAGCCGUUUAUGUCCAUUGCAGCUGAGCCUGCUCUAACCUGUGCUUAGUACCAGGCAAGCCCACGGCAUGGUCAAGAGUAGGGAAAGGGCAAACAUAUCUUGAAUUCACCUUUCCCACCGCAGUUUGCAUUGCUGUGCUAAGCAGAGUUCAGUUGGAACAGAGCAUCUUACCUAUAAUUAGGGCCCUAUCAAAUUCACGGCCAUGAAAAACGCAUCACGGACCGUGAAAUCUGGUCUUUUGUGUGCUUUUACCAUAUACUAUAUAGAUUUCACAGG